GUCGAUCUUAUUUACUUUUUUUUUUAUCACAUUUAUUGUAUUGUGCUAUAUAGUAUAAUAUUUUAUUUUAUUACAAUACAUUACAUUAUAUUAUAUUAUAUUAUAUUAUAUUAUAUUAUAUUAUAUUAUAUUAUAUUAUAUUAUAUUAUAUUAUAUUAUAUUAUAUUAUAUUAUAUUAUAUUAUAUUAUAUUAUAUUAUAUUAUAUUAUAUUAUAUUAUAUUAUAUUAUAUUAUGUUAUGUUAUGUUAUGUUAUGCUGUAUUGUAUUAUACUUGGAGACACACGUUUUACCAUUUUAUUGAACGUAUUCACUCUUCAUAUGUUUAUUGAUUGCGUGAGUUUCACCUACUAG